CCCCCCCCAGUUCAGAAGACACAGGAGGCGUCAUGACGUCAGGCAGUGACUCUCGACCCCCGGAAGAGGCGUGGCUAGGAUGCGCGCGCAGCGGGCGGGAGAUAGGAAAUAACAAUAACGCCAGAAACGGCCUCGGAGGCGGCCAUGGCCCGGAGGGGACGCAGUGAUGAACUGGAGGACAUGCUUUAUCAAGACACAGACUCUGAUGUUCCAGAGCAUAGGGAAAACAGAGUUAAGGUUAAGUGGAGCCAUGAGGAGGAUGAGACUCUGAAAGCCCUGGUGAAAAGGUUUGGACAGGGUGAAUGGAAGCAGAUAGCCAGUCACAUGUCUAACCGGACGGAGCAGCAAUGUCAGCACAGAUGGCUUCGUGUUCUCCACCCAGACCUUGUGAAAGGUCCAUGGACUAAAGAGGAAGAUGAAAAGGUAAUUGAGCUGGUGAAGAAGUAUGGAACCAAACACUGGACCCUCAUUGCCAAACAACUAAAGGGCCGAAUGGGUAAACAGUGCCGCGAGCGCUGGCACAAUCACCUCAACCCAGAAGUGAAGAAGUCUUCAUGGACCGAGGAGGAGGAUCGCAUUAUUUGUCAGGCGCACAAACUCUUGGGCAACCGCUGGGCGGAAAUAGCAAAGUUACUGCCUGGGAGAACUGACAAUGCUGUGAAGAAUCACUGGAACUCAACAAUCAAGCGGAAGGUUGAGACCAGCGGUUAUCUGAAUGGCAGUAAAAUUAGUGUCUCAGAGGAAAAAGAGGAUCGUGCUUACCAAGCUGCUGUAUCACAGACCGAUUUGCAAGAAAAGGUUGAUGUAGUAGAGAACAUUCCUACCUCUGACAUAAUGGAAGUAAAAAUAACGGAGGUAAAGUCGGAGCAGCAAAGUGAAGGAGAGGAUGAAGAUAGUGCACAGUCCAGUCCUUCCUCAGCGGUUGCUUCGGUGAGCUCUGGUCCAGAGAAAUGGAUGGUGGAGUACAUCAAUUACCUGGUGCCAAACACAGACAUGAUUGAGUCGGACGCUGAAGGUUGGUGUGACCUCGCAUCAUUUGAUUUUGGAGAGGAUUCAACAGUAAGUGAUGUUGGUAGCCCCACACCUGCUUCAACUUCUUCGAAAGCUUUGACACCAAAUGUUACAGAAUACCGGCUGGAUGGACAUACGUUAUCGGACCUGAGUAAAGGCAGCAAGGGGGAGUUAAUUCCCAUUUCUCCACGUCCUCACCCUGGGUUUGGAACACCACCUUCACUGCUCAAACACCACAAGAAGAGGAAAAUUACGUUGUCACCUGUCACAGAAAAAUCAAUCAACAGCAAUACCUCCAUUACAGACUCAAACAGUAUGACUCCAAAAAGCACACCUGUUAAAUCGCUGCCCUUCUCGCCAUCACAGUUCCUGAAUUUCUGGUCAAAACAUGAUGCUUUGGAACUGGAAAACCCAUCUCUCACUUCCACACCUGUCUGUAGCCAAAAAGCUGUGGUAACUACACCUCUCCAUCGCGACAAAACACCAUUGUUGCAGAAGAAUUCAGCUUUUGUCACUCCAAAUCGAAAGUGUACAUGGGAGAAUGCACCCCACACACCCACACCAUUUAAAAAUGCAUUGGAAAAGUUUGGGUCUUUGAAGCCAUUGCCUCCGACCCCUCACCUGGAAGAAGAUCUGAAGGAAGUCUUGCGCAGUGAGUCUGGCAUUGAGUUGAUCAUUGUAGAUGAGACUAAUCAUGAACGUCAAAAGAGGAAACCUGGGCAUUCUCACAGUCCCAUUAAAAAAGUGCGCAAGUCCCUCGCUUUGGAUAUUGUAGACAAGCGGCCGGUCACGCUGUCUGUUUUAUCAGCUGCAUCUUCACGUGUACAGCCUCCUCAAAGCUCCGAGAGCUUUCUGUCCAUGUCUCUUAACGAGUCCUCUUGUAGCAGCAAAGAGGAGAACAGUCUCUUAAACCAGGGCUUUGUCCAGGCCAUGCCAGGAAAAAGUUCAUUGACCCACGAUGACACCUCACAGACUGACAUUGGAGAGCUGUUGAAAACACAGGCUUCCGCUCUUUGUAAUGCUGACAGAGGCAUGCUGCUGAAAACUGACCCUAGCAAAUAUUUAAAUAAAGACUCUUGUCCACGUUUGGCAGUGGACAUUGAUGAAGUUGUGAGGACCUCUCUAAACAAAAGCAAAGCGGCUAAUGCAAAGCUGGAUUCACCUGUGGCUGGAGAUACUGAGAAACAAACAUUGGCACACACAGAAAAGCCUAGGAUCCCGGAACCGAUGAGUCAGGCCUGGAAAAUCAUUGCAUUUGGUGGCUCCAAGGAUCAGCUGCACAUGCAGGAAAAAGCACGAGCCAUCCUGAACUUGUACAAACACAGCUCUACGUCACGAACUCUCAUACUAUCAUGAUAUUCAGUUAAACAAUGGAGACUACCUUUUUAUAGAAUCCUUGAACAAGCAACAACAAAGUCAGAACUGUCUAUAAAUUGUUACAGGCUUGAACAGUGCAUCUGCAUUAGAACCCUAUGGUUUUUGUAAGCCGUUCAAAAAGUGAUAACUGAAGUGAUUCUAGUGAGUUUUCUGAAUCAUCAUGUGACUCAUCGUGACCACCUGGCAAAACACAAUUAAUUUUAGUUGUGUUCCUCAAAACAGAAAAGAAGAAACGCUAAAUGUAUGAUUUAUCUAAUUGUGACAGCUGUUUUUAAAUAAACAUUUAACUUCAUUUCCGCUGAAGGUGUAGGAUGGCUACAAACGUAUAUUUGUGUGAAGAAUUGUAAACUGGUCUGCCAGUCCGCAGAGUUAGUGUCCCAUAAAUCUGUGUUCUGUGCUGACUUCAGAGGUACUUAACAUGAUAUUUAAAUAUUCUCAGGCAACUUCGUACUGCAGUCUUAUUUGCUAUGUCAUUUGCUAGUGUAAAAUCUAGAGAGACUUUGCAAACAUCAGUAAGUUAAGAUAGUAAUAGAAUGUGUGGUUUUUUUAUACUUUUUUGCUACCCUAAUGCACAUGCCAAUCCUAAAAUGUCAUUCAACUCGUAGAAGCUCGCCCAUACCUGUAUCCAUUUAACCAAGCUGAUACUUAAAAUGUGUUACACCCCUUUUCUUUUGUUUGUGUGAAUACAAGGUAACCUCAAAAUAAGGGCGAGAAAAUCUGAAUAGAUGGUGCUACUUGAAUAAAGCUCUGUAUGCCAUCACAGUGAAGUGUUGUACUGUAUCACUGUAGACUCCCUAUCACGAGUUGUUCAUCUGUAGCUCGUUAAAUGAAAAUGUUGAGUAUAUUACAAAAAAGUAGUGUUAAAACUGUUAUGAUGGUUUUAUAUUUAUAAAGUCAUAACUUAUUUAAUUUUGUAACGGAUGCAAGUUUCAUGGAAUGACUCCUAUACAUCUUCCAACUGGGUAAUAUGAUAUGUCUGUUUUAAAAGGUUUAAUAUAGAGAAGUUGUUGCAUAUACCAACUUGUUUUCAUUUUCUACACUGUACAAAACAAGUAAUGAUAUAGCAUAGUCUUUUGUUGUCCUUAUUCAUUGUGAACAGAGCUGCAUUUAGUGGUGCUAGAAAGGUUUCAUGUUUUCUUUCAAUUUUCUGAAUUAAUGCAUACAUGUGACCUUAUUAACUGUUUCAGAUCUUAAGUCAUAAAAUACAGAAACCAAUAAAUUAAGUAACGCACACAA